AUGCACCUCAUCAACAUGGAGGAAGCCGAGAAAAAGGGUAUUCGUAUUGCGAUCGAUAGAGGCGGUACCUUCACCGAUUGCAUAGGAAAUCCAGGAUCAGGCCGCUUGGAAGAUGACGUUGUGAUCAAAUUGUUAUCUGAAGAUCCUAAUAACUACCAAGAUGCCCCUCUUGAAGGCAUACGACGAAUCCUAUCCAGGUUCACGGGCCGUGAUAUCCCACGAGGUGGAUUGAUUGACACCACUCUGAUCCAGAGCAUUCGAAUGGGCACAACGGUUGCGACCAAUGCAUUACUGGAGCGCAAAGGCGAAAGGAUUGCGUUGGUAGUCAGUAAGGGAUUUCGGGACUGCCUUCGCAUCGGUAAUCAGUCACGCCCUAGAAUCUUCGAUCUCGCCAUCAAACGUCCGAAGGUACUAUAUGAAGAAGUGGCGGAAGUAGACGAGCGCGUUACCCUGGAAGACUACGCAGAGGAUCCUCAACGCCAUGUCACAGACACAAAUUUACAAGGAAACCCGCCUCUCGACACCGGGAUUGUCCGAGGCCUAUCUUCUGAGGCAGUUCGGAUCCUAAAACGUCCAUCUGAAAUCGUGGUAAAAGCACAACUACAAGAUAUAUAUGAUCGAGGAAUCCGCAGUAUCGCAGUGUGCCUCAUGCAUGGCUACACAUUUCCAGAUCACGAAGCGCUAGUUGGACGGCUUGCCAGCGAAAUUGGCUUCCAUCAUGUCAGCCUCAGUCAUGAGCUUAUGCCCAUGAUCAAGCUCAUCCCACGAGCGACUUCAGCCUGUGCAGAUGCGUAUUUGACACCCACUAUUAAAAGAUAUAUUUCAGGGUUCCAAGCUGGGUUUGAAGGGGGCCUUGGCAAUAAAAGUAUCAAGAAGCAGAAAGGCUUAUGGGGAGCUCGCUGCGAGUUCAUGCAGUCAGAUGGCGGGCUGGUUGAUGUCGACCAGUUCUCUGGCCUACGAGCCAUUUUAUCGGGUCCAGCCGGUGGAGUUGUGGGCUACGCAUUGACAUCGUAUGAUCAUGAAGCGAAAAUCCCUAUCAUUGGAUUUGAUAUGGGGGGAACAAGUACUGAUGUCAGCCGAUAUGGAGCAGGUCACUACGAACACGUGUUUGAGACCAAUAUAGCUGGAGUGACCAUCCAAUCACCCCAGCUAGAUAUCAACACUGUGGCCGCUGGUGGUGGCUCUAUGCUAUUUUACCGCAAUGGACUUUUUGUUGUUGGUCCUGAAUCCGCGGGGGCACACCCAGGUCCGGCGUGCUACCGGAAAAAUGGCCCAUUGACGGUGACUGAUGCCAAUCUGUUCCUUGGUAGAUUGGUUGCCGAAUUUUUCCCUGAUAUAUUUGACACCGGCGCAGAUCAGAGGCUGGACGAACACAGAAGUCGCGAGUUAUUUGAUCAGUUGACCCGCCAUAUCAACGAAGACAUGACCCAAGAGGGACAAGGGAAGGUGAUGACUGCAGACGAAGUUGCCUUCGGAUUUAUUCAGAUUGCUAACGAGACGAUGACCCGGCCAAUUCGAUCAUUAACAGAAGCCAAGGGUCAUGAAACUUCCAAACAUAGACUGGCCACCUUUGGCGGUGCAGGAGGGCAACAUGCCGUGGCGAUUGCAGAGAGCCUUGGAAUUCGACAGAUUCUGAUCCAUCGAUAUUCUUCGGUUCUUUCUGCGUAUGGUAUGGCACUAGCUGACGUGGUUGACGAGAACCAGGAACCAGAAUCCAAGAUCUGGAGCGAUGAUCAAAGUGAUAUACAGGAUCUCAAAGAGAAGAUGUCGCAACUGAAGAUGAAGUCAUGCCACAGAUUACAAGAGCAAGGAUUUGCUGAAAAUUCCAUUAUGUUUGAAGAGUAUCUCAAUAUGCGUUAUAGGGGCACAGAAUCUGCCCUCAUGAUCUUGAAGCCUAGCAAAGAGGAGUCCAAUCCUCUAUUCGAUGGAGAGGACUGGGCCUUUGGCAAAGCUUUUUUACGUCAACAUGAGCAGGAAUUCGGGUUCAUCCUUCCAGGUCGGGAUAUAAUCAUUGACGACGUACGAGUGAGAGGCAUUGGGAAAGGCUUCCAAACAUUCGAGAAAACGGUGGAUCAACAACUUGAAGAAUCCAAACCCCAAGACGUAAUAGAGGGUCGAGAAUACCGAAAGUCCUUUGUGUAUUUCGAGGGCGGUCGACAUGAGACACCAAUCUAUAGAUUGGAUGAGCUACAAGUCAAUGACCGAGUGAAAGGACCAGCUAUCCUGGUUGACAAUACUCAGACUAUCUUGGUGUCCCCAGGAACCUCCGCGCUUCUCAUCAAGACUCACGUUGUUAUCAAUCUGGGUGAAUCCGAUGCCAAUCUGCUGUCCCAAAUCAGCACUGAGACGAUAGACCCGAUUCUCCUCAGCGUCUUUUCGCACCGAUUCAUGGCUAUUGCGGAGCAGAUGGGACGGGCUUUACAGAAAACCAGCGUCAGUACUAAUGUCAAGGAAAGGCUCGAUUACUCAUGUGCGUUGUUCGACGCCCAAGGUGGAUUGGUUGCGAAUGCACCACAUCUCCCCGUUCAUUUGGGAAGCAUGUCAACCUGCGUUUGUAUGCAGGCUCAACUUUGGCAUGGCAAAUUAAAACCAGGUGAUGUCGUUGUAUCCAACCAUCCGGAGUUUGGCGGUACUCAUCUUCCCGAUAUAACGGUUCUGCAACCCGCUUUUAGUGGCGGGGAAAUCAUUUUCUAUGUCGCUUCGAGGGCACAUCAUGCUGAUAUAGGUGGCAUUCUGCCUGGAUCUAUGCCCCCUCACUCCAAGGAGCUCUACCAGGAGGGAGCUAUGGUCAAGAGCGAGAGGCUGGUCUCUGAAGGCAAAUUCAACGAGGGGCGCAUCACGGAGCUACUCUACAACGAACCUGCCCGGUAUUCCGAUUGCAGUGGAACCCGGUGUCUAGCAGACAAUUUGAACGACCUGAAGGCCCAAAUUGCUGCUAACAAGAAAGGAAUCAACCUGAUCAACACCCUCAUUGAAGAAUAUGGAGAAGGUCUUGUUUUAUUCUACAUGCGUCAGAUACAAGACAAUGCAGAGCUCAGUGUACGAAAUCUACUUAAGGAGAUCAGCCACAAAUUUGCAGGCCACGACCUGAAGACGAUUGAUUACAUGGACGAUGGAACCCUCAUUCAGCUGCAGGUAUCAAUCGACGAAGAUAGAGGUGAAGCAAUCUUCGAUUUUGAUGGAACGGGCCCAGAGGUUUACGCCAAUAUCAACGCCCCCGAAGCCGUCACAUACUCUGCAAUUAUAUAUUGCCUGCGAUGUCUCAUUUCUGCCGACAUCCCGCUGAACCAAGGUUGUUUGAAACCAAUUGAUAGUCAACGAGUGACCGAUGUCAUUCUCAAAUGCUUCCGAGUCUGCGCCGCCUCCCAGGGAGAUACCAACAACUUAACAUUUGGAUUUGGUGGCAACAGAGCUGGUGAAAUAGAAACAAAGGGAUUUGGGUACUAUGAAACCAUCGCUGGUGGGAGUGGGGCAGGACCUCAUUGGGAGGGCACGUCCGGAGUGCAUACCCACAUGACCAAUACGCGUAUCACCGACGCCGAAGUUUUUGAAAGGCGAUAUCCUGUUCUGUUGCGGGAGUUCAGCCUACGAGCUAAGUCGGGUGGAGAGGGCAAACAUCGUGGGGGAGAUGGUGUAAUCCGAGAUAUCGAGUUUCGUAUCCCAGUCCAGGUCUCUAUCCUUUCCGAACGCAGAGUCCAUCCCCCGUACGGGUUGGAAGGGGGCGAAAACGGUAUAUGCGGCCAGAACCUUUGGAUCCGUCUUGUUCAACGGCCUGACGGCGAGUGGGAAGAGCGACUUAUCAACCUAGGUGGGAAAAAUUCCGUUCAGAUGCAACCGGGGGAACGUAUCAUCAUCCAAACCCCCGGAGGUGGAGGAUGGGGCCGAGUCGGUAGCCAGCAUCAGCUUCUUCAUGAGCAAGAUGCUCGUCACGCCUGGCGGGGAGGCUCAAUUGCCCACCGAGAGGCCACCCAAGGGGCAAGUAUGUAA